CGCGCCUCCCUCCCGCAGCCCAGCCCCGCCGGCUCCGCUCUCCGCAGCCGCCUUCUCCGGCUGGGCCGGGUCAGAGCCGAGCAUGGAGCCUGGGGAGCCCCGGGAGCCCCGCGAGCCCGGGCCGGGGGCAGAGACCGCCGCGGCCCCGCGCUGGGAGGAAGCCAAGACUUUCCACGACAACCUCGCGCCCAAGAAGAAACCCAAAUCGCCCAAGCCUCAGAAUGCAGUCACCAUUGCCGUGUCUUCCCGAGCCCUGUUCCGCAUGGACGAGGAGCAGCGUAUCUACACAGAGCAGGGUGUGGAGGAGUACGUGCGCUACCAGCUGGAACACGAGAACGAGCCCUUCAGCCCUGGGCCGGCCUUCCCCUUCGUGAAGGCUCUGGAGGCUGUGAACAGGCGGCUGCGGGAGCUGUACCCUGAGAGCGAGGACGUCUUCGACAUCGUCCUCGUGACCAACAACCACGCUCAAGUGGGCGUCCGUCUCAUCAACAGCAUCAACCACUAUGACCUGUCCAUUGAGAGGUUCUGCAUGACAGGCGGGAACAGCCCCAUCUGCUACCUCAAGGCCUAUCACACCAAUCUCUAUUUGUCGGCUGAUGCAGAAAAAGUGCAGGAAGCCAUCGAUGAAGGGAUUGCAGCCGCCACCAUCUUCAGCCCCAGCAGGGACGUGGCUAUAUCCCAGAGUCAGCUGCGAGUGGCCUUCGAUGGGGAUGCUGUGCUCUUCUCAGAUGAGUCGGAACGCAUCGUGAAGGCCCACGGGCUGGACAGGUUCUUCGAGCAUGAGAAGGUCCACGAGAACAAACCGUUGGCCCAGGGCCCCUUAAAGGGUUUUCUGGAGGCUCUGGGUAGGCUGCAGAAGAAGUUCUACUCCAAGGGCCUGCGGCUGGAGUGUCCAAUCCGCACCUACUUGGUGACGGCACGCAGUGCAGCCAGUUCUGGAGCCCGGGCUCUCAAGACCCUGCGCACCUGGGGCCUGGAGACGGAUGAGGCCCUGUUCCUUGCGGGAGCACCCAAGGGCCCCCUCCUGGAGAAGAUCCGCCCACAUAUCUUCUUUGAUGACCAGAUGUUCCACGUGGCUGGGGCUCAGGAGAUGGGCACAGUGGCCGCCCACGUGCCUUACGGUGUGGCGCAGACACCCCGGCGGACCACACCCACGAAGCAAGCCACAUCUGCACUGUAGCUGAACCACCAGCUUUGCUGACCCACAUUGCUCCAGGCAUGGCUCCGUGUCAUACACGUCGCCCAAUGGACCCUUCUAGUUCCUCACCUCUCUGCCCUUCUGCAUGUCCGCCCUCAUCCCUAUGAGUGAGGUACUUGUAGGAAAUUAUGCAGACUGGUCCGGCAUUCUCACCAGCUCCCCUUUUGGGCAAACACUGUGCCAUGAUCCUGGCUCAGAAAGUAAGACUGUGUAGAAAAGCUGGGUUUCAGGGGGAAGUUGAUGGGACUAAGGGUGAGAGGGUCAGAGCAGCAGGAUGCCUCAAAAGGGGCUCAUGAAACUAGCUCAGUGUAGUACAAAGAACACUGCUUUGAGAGGGAAGGGAUCUGCCUUCUAAGCUUUGUCCUGGCAUUGUGCAUGACUUUAAGUUCCCUUGCAAGGGACUCUAGGAUGAGGUGACUUCCCCCUGUGGUGCACUGGUGAACUCUCCAUCCUUGCAGGAGCCCCUGCAGCCCCUUUGUCACCACUUCCAGGGAAGAACUCUCACUGCUUGAUGAGUCAGUUUCCCCAUCAUUUAGGGGGUUUUCAAACUCUCCUUUAGCUAAAAAAGCUUGGUUUUAUAAGAUUGCCCUCUUUGAAAGAAGGAUUCUGAGCCAGGGCUUCUCCUGAUAUAUAUGGCACCUUCGUACAAAUUAUAGAAGGACGCUGUCUCUAGAAUGAAUUGUGAAAAGACGGCCCUUCCUCUGGGCUGACCCAGACCACGCUGGGGCACACAGCUUGGUUAGCAGGAUAUAGGCUGGAUUUUGGCCCCUACCGGCUCCUCAGCCCAGAGGCCUUUGUCAAAUGGGCAAGGCACACAAUCAUCCACAGCAACCAUCCCUAUAAUUUUACACAUUUGAAAACCACUGGAUGAGAUGACGUGUCUACUUCCUGCGAUGCCUUAAUCUGAGUCAUCAAGGAUCAGCUGCCAGGUGCAGGGUUUGUGGAGGGAGGGAGGGAGUGAAUUUAACUUGCAUGCAGACUCUCCUCCGGCCAGCAGGGGGCACUGCAGGCUCUCCCUGGGAAGGCGCUUUACUAGGCCUGCUCAGUGCUUCCUUCGCUUUUGCUUUUUAGCCAAAGUUAAUUUGUUCCUGCCUAUCAACCCCCUCACCUCAACCCUCACUCCCUCAAUGACUGUGUCCUGCUCUGCUUGCCAAGCAGCCCUGGAUCCAAGGUGGAGAAUUGGUGUUUACUGUUGUGAGCUCAAAUGCAAGGGGAGAAACCUUAGGGGCUGAAGUGGGAGGUGGUCCAGGCUGAGCCCAAGGGAAGGCCUGCCUGGAGUGAUAUAGGAAGUGUGGAGAGGUCAUGUCUGAUGCAGUGACUGGUUAGAGAGGAAGGAGCUGCAAUGUGCAUUAGCAAGAUUCUCCAGCUAUGGGAUUGUGAGUGGAGGUAGCUAGCUCUUCGUCACUAGGAUGCUGUCAAAGGGACUCCAGGAUGAGGUGACCUCCCCCUGCGGUGCACUGGUGAACUCUCCAUCCUUGCAGGAGCCCCUGCAGCCCCUUUGUCACCACUUCCAGGGAAGAACUCUCACUGCUUGAUGAGUCAGCCUCCUCCUUUGCUGACCAGCUCGGCUCUCUCCGGAGAGAGGGUGGGACCUCCAAAGGCUGGUCCCUCAGGAAGACCCAGAAGGGGUGAGGAGACGUCAGUGGCGGGGACUGAUUGCCCAGCUUCCCGGGCGAAUCCCAGCUGUGAGCAAGCACUUUAUGAAGAAAGCCAAAGGUAUCAUCGGAGGUGUGUGCAGGGGAGCUGGAACACUUCUGGGGGCAGGAAAAGGGGUGACAGGCCACAUGGGGCCUGACCUUUAUCCUUUUGAGGACUCAGCCCAGGGUCUGAAUGGGCACAGGUUCUGGGCAGUGGAGGGCAGGAUCGUAAUGUCAGAAAGAUAACGCAGGAGGGAGAACAAAGUCAGAAGACUGAGGUGGUUCUGGAAAUGAGCAACAGUUUGGGUGAGAAGAGAGUCCUGGGCUGGGCUUGUCCUGUCAGUGCUGGAGCGGCUGAGAGGCUGGCCGUGGGGAGGAAGCGCAAGGCUGUGCUGGGUGGCUGGGCACCGCCAGGGGACGGGCAGGUGACGAGGAUGUCCUUGCACAGGGUCAUCCCAUCAACAGCCAGGAUCCUUCUGGCCAACAGAGGAGGCCUCAGGGCAGAGGGUCUGGUUUGGAGCUUUUUCCUCUGCCGAAGCUCCCAGCCCAGCCAGAGAUACUGUGAGACCUAAGGACAGCCUCCAGGAAACCAAAAGGAAGUGAGAGAAGGAACUCAACCCCAGUCACUCUUGAUCUUGGCUGAACAACACAAAGGCCUGCUUCUCCUUCCUCUUGGGUCAGAAACACCCCUUGGGUGAGCCUCCAGGGCUCACAGAGCCAGCUGGUAGCCAUGAGAAGCCUGCAAGGCUGGGCACAGCCGAGGCUCACUGCAUGGCACUAGGCUGUGUGACCAGGGUGGACACGUGCCCUGCGAGGGCAGCACCAGAUGUCACCUAAUUAAGAUGCACCAAGGGAUGCUGAGACCAAGAGGUCCUGCCCCCAGGGCCUCGCGAUAAACACCCCUGAUUUUUCCAGGUCUCUCAGGAAGCAGGAAAACGUGAUGUGGGAAGCAGCAAGAUAAGGUGCCAUAAAAGCUGUGUAUUUCACUGGAGCACUGUUAAUAGACUUGGACAGCCCUCAGUGAUGAGAGACACUAGGGUCCAAAUUCUAUUAUUGAAACCAUAAAUGAGCAUUUCAGGCCUGGAAAAAAGCUUUCAGUGUCUGGAAUAAAAGGCCAGAAGUCCUGGGGGCAGGCUUAGACAGCUGCCAGACACACCUUCUGAUUGUUUCAAGUGAUGAGGAGGCGUCCUGGGGAAAAGAACAUCGUUUAUUGCAUCAGCAGGCAAAUUAAAAAGCCAUGCGAGCACCAAAGCCCCAGGCCCAGCCAUGGACUGCAGCACUGGGCCAGAGGAGCCACAGCUCCUGACAUGCAGAACCCCUGGAGCCCAAAGCAUGGCACCCCAACAGCGCCUGCAGAGCACGUCCCAGGAAAUUCUUGCCAGCCAAGUCCCAGACCCAAUGGAAACUGCCACUUAGAAAAACAGAAGCCCUGUUACUAUGCACUGAAAUUGCCAAGGUCACUACAAAAUAGCCCUCUCCGCUUUCUGAGAGCCCAAUCAGAAUGAUGGGGAUGUAGCAGAAGAAGUUGAAACCAGCAAGAAGUGUAAAUCCAAGCUGGAUCCAGCAUUAUAAUGAUACUCAACUGGUGUGCACCAGUCCAGCUAAACUGGUGAUUAAAAUAUUGAAAUGCCUCCAUUAACAGUUGUAAAUAACGCUGGCCUGAGCCCCUGACUUCCCCCUCCCCAUGGACUCAGCUGCCCUGGCCCCUUCGUCUUCCCACGAUCCAGCAAAAACGGGGUCCGGGAGUCUGUGCCAGCAUGAUGGCCAGUGUCCACUCUGUUUGGGGGUCCCCUGGACAUGCUGGCUUGGAGAGGUUAAGUAAUUUGCCCAAAGUCACACAGCUGGUAAGUGGCAAUGGGAGGACUCGAGCUCAUGUCUGUCUGAUGCUGGGACUCAGGCCCUUAACUCUUUUGCCAUACGGCCCAUAUGUGCAUACACGUAGCAAGAGAAGCUUCACAGCAAUGGCGUUCCCUUGACAGUCUGUUAACAUGUUGACCCCCUGCAUGUUAAGAUACUAUAAUAGACUUGAGAGGGUACAUCUUUGUUAUAGCUUUCUAAAUAGCUAAGAGGAAUUUAAACUAGGGCCAAACAUUUGCAGAUCUUCUAAAGCACCUCCAGACAACCCCAAGUUCUGUGGAACCCGGUUCUUAUUGGGCUAAUGCUGGGUUUGGCAAACGCAGCUCCUUGGCCAAACAUAGCCCACCAUGUUUUUGCAAAGAAACUUUUAUUGGAAUACAGUCAUGCCCAUUUGUUUACAUCUGUCUUCAGCUUUCAAACUAUAGCAAUGGAGUUGAAUUGUUUCAGCAGAGACCAAGGAGCUGAAAAUACUGGGUCAGCCAGAAAGUUCGUUCGGGUUUUUCAGUUCCAUCCUACGAAAAACCCGAACGAACUUUUUGGCCGACCCAAUAUUUCUCUGGCUGUUUGCAGAAGGAGUUUGCUGACCCCUGGGUUAAGGCAAACAUCCCUGGCCUGGUCCUCAGUGGGAGAGUCCAGCUUACAUCCACCUAAGCAUUCGGAGGUAGAGGCUGGCUCGUUUGCAGAGGGGGCAGCACGAGGCGUCUCUGUGCCCAUCUGCAGGCAUCGUCAGGGAUGGCAGGCACUAACUGAGAACCUUGAUGCUAAACCCAGCAGACCCUUGGCAUCUGAGGAUUGAAGAUUUCAAAGUUUGACCAUUUUCAAAUGACCCAUGGCCUGUUGUGAUUUGGAAUGUUGAUGCACACAUUUGAGUUUAGUGUGCUCUCCCAAGCUGCUGGGUGAGGGGCAGGGAGCGGGGCCCCUGGCUAGGGCUGAGCCCAGCUGGCUGGCCUCUGCUCAACACGGCUAUGUUGUUCUCAGCUCAUCAUUGCCUUUGAGGGGCCUCUUGAGAAGUAAUAAGUGCUGGCAGAUGGAUGGGCCUUAGGUAAAUAUUAAUUUUGGAUAAAGUGAAGUGCCCCACGUUGACUUAAGGACCCAGAUCUAACAAGUCAUCCAUAUGCUCUCUGUGGAAGCAAGAACAAGCUCUUCACAAAGACGGUCCCAGUGAGGACUUCAGCUGGCUCAGAAGUUACUGAUCAAGUGAGAGAUAAAACUCCAGUGAAAGUUGGAAUGACAGUUUUCUUGUGGUAUUAGGGAGUGAGCAACAAACACGCAUACCCUUAUGAUGGAAUUGUGAAUCAGGAGAAAUCUGCCAGUGUAGGGAAUGGCAAGUGUAGAAGUGGUCCUACCUACCGCCAUGGUUGCUGGCAUUGUUCCAUCGGGAUACUCUUCUACGCUAAGCCCAGACUUGACCUCGGAAUCCUUCUCAACCCAGCAUUCCAGGCAGCUACUACCAGUGGGUUGGAGUUGGCAUGAAAGAUGAAAAACCUAUGUUGCCAUCCCUAUUGGUGUUGGAUACUGCUUUCCAGCGGGGCGUGCAAGGCCCUGAAUGUUCAUUCCCCAAUGUUGUGCUGCAACUCUGAGGAUGCCAGGGUCUCACCCCACUCAGGCAGAACACAAAAAGGAGGAAGAAUGGCAUCCUGUGUUGGUGGCUUCCUUAGAGGAGGUACCUGAGAAGCAGUGUCCCAGGUAUCAUGGUCUUCAAGCAAAGUACAAUACGGCUGGCAACUUUUCAGUUACCCCUCCUACCAGUAGGUGGCACUGCAGGCCAACACUCCGCUGCUGGCCAUAGUUAAUGGUUUUCUUCCCUGGUUACUUUUCUCUCCUGCCAUGUUACUUGGUGCUGUGCUGGACUCCCGCAAGUAGCUUAGCCGAAAAGGACUUUAGGUGCUGCUAAACAUAACUGUGUGAUGAGCUGACAGCUCUUACCAACAGCCACUGUGAUUGCAUGUAUGGACACACUCAUAUGAGUGUGUGCAACAGGAUUAAAACUGCAUGUAUGCAUGCUUUUGUGGGUGUAUGUAAUGGGGCAGAUAUCUCUGCUGACGACUGUGUGUGUGUGUGUGUGUGUGUGUACAGGUUGGUUAUCUCUGCUAACUAAGGGUCCUGGGCCCCACAUACUGAUGGCCGGCCCUGCUUCCUGGGACUAGUUCUGGCUCUUCCUAUCAUCUCAUGGGCAUUUGCACAUAUGCAGUGUGGGGCUCUCUGAGGCCCUUAUCUAUCUCUCCAGCUUCUAGACUCUGGCCAACAAGGUCUUGGCUCCUAACCCUCUGCCUCCCCCGCCCUUAUCCCUGCAGCCUUGGGGACAAAGUGGUAGAAUCACUUUUGGCUGCACCUGCCUCACCAUCUACAUUUAUUUCUUCCCUCCCCUUGACAGUCCUGAGUCCAACAUGUACAGUUGGGCAGAUUGUGCACUGAACAAAGGCAGAUGGAGCCAUUCACACCAUGAGUGAUACCUCCUAGGCAUCUAUAAAAGCUGCCAACUGUACCCAGCUGCCCUGGUCAUCUCAUGGCCAUGGCUAGGAAAGCUGCCUUCUUCCCUGCCCUCCUGGCCCAGCCCAGCCUAGGCUGGGAUUCCUUCCUCUGCUUGGGUUUUCUAGUCUGGCCCAGAAGUGACUUACCCUUGGCCUUGAUCAGGAAGUAUCUCCCUGAUGGGCCAUCCCCAAGAGGCCUUUGGGUUCAAUUUAUGAAAAUGAAAUACGGCUGGCAACUUUUCAGUUACUGUAAGACAAACCAAAACUCUGCAGAUGGGAUCACUGAUUCCCACACUCCUGGCCUGCAGGUGAGUACGCCUUCACAGGCCAACUGUUAAGAUGGCUCUGCUACAGAAUUAGGGUAGAAGCCUCAAGUCUAGGUUUAUAGCUGCACCAGGUAGAAAAUCGUGAGGUCGCCAUAGACUGGACACCUGUGCCAGGUCACAAACUCUGAUGCCUCCAAGGGCUGGGUGGGAAACAUCAAUGAGCGAAGAGGAUUAGGCAAGGACUGUAGCAAAAUGCGGAACACAUAUGCUGUAGUCUGACACGGUUGCUGCCGUGUGGGAAUGUGGCCUGCUGGUGCCAGAUAUUCCUCCUCAUUUUCCAAGAGAAGCUAGAAAUCUGGACUUUUAAAUGUUGGCAACUGAAUUCUGAAUUUAGAAAACACUGUGCAUGCCAGAUAAACCACAUCUUACAGGCCAAAUCCGGCCUUUGAAUUUCCAUUGUGCACCCUCUGACCCAGGCCCAGUGAAUGGGGUUUUUCAGAACUGAGUAAUUGAGUAUGAGGAUAUUACACUCAGACUCACAGAGCUUUGGAUCUUUAAGAAAACUUAAAGAUAACCUAGUUCAUUCCUUGUGUGUUUUAAACUGUGUACAUACAAACUUUUUUAUUAACAGCACACAUAUCCUUAAGUUCUAGUUUCUACCGAAAAGCAUCUCUGUACCCCCAAUUUAGCACAAGAUUUAAAAUGAAGUCUCUACACAUAGUAGGCUUGUAUCUACCUGUCAGAAGCCCUAUUUUAUACCAUUUGCUUUAUGAUAGGUCUACUUCUGUCUUUUGCGAACAUGGGCUGCCCUGGUCUUCCUUAUAACCUAACUUCUCUGGGUUGCUUUCCAUGGUAAACCUAUAAGUGCCUCCUUAAACAGUUGGGCCCUGUGUUUCUUCAUCUGUGGGACUUCCCUUGCCUGGGGGUGAGACUGCUCACACUUUUCCCAGCUUGGUCCCUCCGUGGUCUGCCCUCAACCUCCAAAGGCCCCAGCUCUGUCUGGCUCUGCAGCAUUUACCAACUCACACAAUAAAGGAUGCUACGUGCUGGUCAGUGUGGAUCCCUCUCACUACUCAUGCUUGUCCCAUACCUAAUGUUACAACCCGGCCUUCUGCUUCUUAAAAGCCAUUCAAAUAAAUAGAAGACUUUUUAAAAUAAACUUAGGUUGCCUUCUUGUCCCCCCUCACAAUUGUAUUCACAAACUGGCUUAGGGUCCCUUUAAGAAAUGCCAAUGGGAAGAGUGGAUAUAUGUAUAUGUAUAACUGAUUCACUUUGCUGUAC